CACCCACUUCGCGUAUAACAACAUCGUCACGUGAACUCAAUAAAUAGGUAACUGUGUGCUCUGUCAUAUUGUGUUCCCUCUCUGAAUCAAACUCUUCCCAAUUAGGGAAUGGUGUAACCACCUUCAUCCACUCAUAUCAGGACACGCACUUGGUUUCAUCGAUCCCCCUCAUCUCUCUCUCUCCUUUUCCCUUUCAAAUCUCAGGAUUUUUUUGUGUGUUCUUGCUCUGAAUCAUGAAACAUUCUUCCAUCAUUGCUUUCAUUUUCUCCGCCAUUUAUUCGCUCCUCACCGCCUUCGUACUUGCUUCUUCGUCAAAUGCUGGACCUUUCUACGAUUCGACUGCCUAUACAGAGUGUAGAGCGGAGCCAGAGAAACCACUUUACAAUGGAGGGAUGCUGAAUGAGAAAGAAGCUUCUGUGUCAGGCGGAGACACUCUCAGAGGCGUCGGUGCUAGCUACACACCAGCUUACAUAUUGCACAAUCUCACGCAAAACACCAUCUACUGCUUCUCCAUUUGGGUGAAGAUAGAGGCUGGUUCUGCAUCAGCAGCUCGUGUCAGAGCAAAGUUGAGAUCAGAUAACGCCACAUUAAACUGCGUAGGUUCUGUAUCUGCAAAACAAGGUUGCUGGUCUUUCCUCAAAGGCGGCUUCCUUCUUGACUCUCCUUCCCAACUAUCCAUCCUCUUCUUUGAGACAUCAAACGACGAUGGUAAAACCCAAUUAGAAGUGGCGAGUGCAUCGCUUCAGCCCUUCACGCAGGAGCAAUGGAAGAACAACCAAGAUUACUUCAUUAACACUGCGAGAAAACGAGCAGUGACAAUUCACGUGGCCGGAGAAAGCGGAGAGAGCGUUGAAGGAGCAGUGGUGAACGUAGAGCAGAUCGCUAAAGACUUCCCCAUUGGUUCAGCUAUCUCCAAAACAAUCCUUGGAAACAUCCCUUACCAAGAAUGGUUCGUGAAGAGAUUCGACGCGACUGUAUUUGAGAACGAGCUUAAAUGGUACGCGACGGAGCCCCAUCAAGGCAAACUCAACUACACAUUCGCUGAUCAGAUGAUAAGUUUCGUCAGGGCUAAUAAAAUCAUCGCUCGUGGCCACAACAUCUUCUGGGAAGACCCCAAGUACACUCCCGACUGGGUCCGCAAUCUAACCGGGGAAGAUCUCCGGUCAGCGGUUAACCAGCGUAUAAGGAGCCUUAUGACUCGUUACAGAGGAGAGUUCGUGCACUGGGACGUGAGCAACGAGAUGCUUCACUUCGACUUCUACGAAAGCCGGUUGGGGAAGAACGCUUCGUACGAGUUAUUCGCAGCGGCGCGUGAGCUUGACUCGCUUGCGACUCUGUUCCUGAAUGAUUUCAACGUGGUGGAGACUUGCAGCGAUGAGAGGUCAACGGUCGACGAGUAUAUCACGAGGGUCAGGGAGCUAGAAAGGUACGACGGAGGCGGUAUGAGGAUGGACGGUGUUGGGCUAGAGGGUCACUUCACGAGGCCUAACGUUGCGCUGAUGAGAGCUAACCUUGACAAACUCGCUACGCUUGAGCUUCCGGUAUGGCUCACCGAGAUUGAUAUCAGCUCCACUCUCGACCACCGCACUCAGGCGAUUUAUUUGGAGCAAGUGUUACGUGAAGGAUUUUCGCACCCAUCAGUGAACGGUAUAAUUCUAUGGACCGCACUUCAUCCAAACGGCUGUUACCAAAUGUGCCUUACUGACGAUAAGUUCCAUAACCUUCCUGCCGGAGACGUGGUGGAUCAGAAGCUUCUAGAAUGGACUACCGGUGAAGUUAAGGCAAAGACGGACGACCAUGGAACCUUCAGCUUCUUGGGAUUUUUAGGAGAGUAUCGAGUCAGCAUCAUGUACGAGGGUAAAACGGUGAAUUCAUCUUUCUCACUGUCUCGAGACCCUCAGACCAAACAUGUCAGGCUCCGAAUCUAACGUGUGUUUAUGCGUUAAGAUGCACUGCGAAUCUUAAAUGGUCGAUAGAUAUACUUCAAGUCUAGUGUCAUCAAUAAGAGAUAGAAUAGGUUUUUU